AGACGAUCUUUGUUUUGCAGCCGCCGUGGUUUUGCGCAUGCGCGCAGCUGCAGCCUCCGCUCCCGCUGAGCGCGCGCUGACAGCAGCCUGCUGCCGAACCGGCUUCGAAUCCGCGCGUGAGCUGCUGUCCGGAUACACAAGCUGACAACUUAAUGUGUUUAAAAGACACACAAACAACAAAGUGGCUCCUCGCUGUUUGGACACCCUGGCUGCCCAGUGAUCACAUCCCAGUGAAGUAAAACUCAUCUCGAUGUUAAUUUGAAACACUGGACCAAGAGGCAAACAGCGAAGCAACUUUGGAUGAAGAGUUUGAGUGAUAGGAUCCUGGCCCUCACCUAGGCCCCUUCCACAACACACGCACGCUGCUUGGACAUGAGGUCUUUUCGAUCAUUUGCCAAUGAUGACCGUCAUGUCAUGGCCAAGCAUGCCAGCAUCUAUCCAGCACCGGAGGAGCUGGAGGCCAUCCAGACGCUGGUGUCCACUGUAGAGGGUGCCCUCAAGAAAGUUUCUGAUUGGAUGGAUGGUCUCAACAACUCUUCAAGGAUGGCCUCUGCCAGUAAGCAGGCUGGUGAUAGCACAGUGGAGGAUGCGACUGAUACGCUACCGCGCUCCACAUCAGUGCUGUGUGGGGUGACGCGUGUCGGCCUCGUGGCAAAGGGCCUCCUGAUCAAAGGUGACAUGGACCUGGAGCUGGUGCUGAUGUGCAGGAAAAAACCCACGAAACUGCUGCUGUACACAAUCAGUGCCAACCUGCCUCUCCAGAUCCAGACAAUCACAGAGGACAAAUAUGAGGUGCAGUCAUGUGUGGCUGAGGCAGCCAUCAGGGUCUUCAACACCAAAGACCCUAAACUCACACUGAAGAUUACCCUCUCCUCCUUAGCCAUGAGGGAUGAGCAUGCCACCACAGAUGAAGGUGAGGGAGCUGAGGAUGAGGACAGGCAGAGAGAGGAGGAGGAAGAGGAAGAGGAGGAGGAGGAGGAAGAUGGCCUUGAUAAGCAUAAGUGCCAGGCAGCGUUGGCAUCGCUUCGACAUGCCAAGUGGUUCCAGGCUAGAGCUGCAGAUCUGAAGUCCUGCGUCAUCGUUUUGCGAGUUCUAAGAGAGAUGUGCAAUAGACUGCCUGAGUGGCAGCGUCUCAAAGGAUGGCCUCUAGAGCUGAUCUGUGAAAAAGCCAUAGCCACCUGCAACAGGCUACUGGGACCUGGAGAAGCUCUGCGUCGCGUCAUUGAGUGCAUUGCAUCCGGAAUUCUCCUGCCAGGUGGUCCAGGAGUUCACAACCCCUGUGAAAGAGAACCUAUAGAUGUCCUGUCUGAACUCAGCGCGCAGCAGGCUGACAACAUCACACACAGCGCACAGCAUUUGUUACGUCUCCUAGCCUUUGGACAACUUUACAAGGUUUUGAGUAUAGACCCACUUCCUGCCAACAAGUCCUCAACAAGAUUGUCAGAAGGAAGUUGUCAGAAGAGGUUUCGAGAGAAUGCAGGACCAGAUGACAGAGACUUUAUCAAGAGGAUAAAAGUAUUGGACUGGAGGAUGAUGGACCCCAACCACCCCAUGAAUGCUCUAAUGCGUCUGAACCAGAUACAGCCAGGCCUUCAGUAUCGCCUCCUGUCCCAGUCUGGCCCGGUCCAUGCGCCAGUCUUCACCAUGUCCGUGGAGAUCCAAGGAACUGUUUACCAGGCCAUUGGGAACUCUAAGAGAACUGCCAAGCUCCAAGUAGCACUGAAGGCGCUGCAGGCGCUCGGCUACGUGCUCGGUAACGAUGGAGACGUGGACUCGCUGAGUGCUGAUGAGAAGUCAGAUGAAGGCAAGAACGACAGGAUGUCAACGAGCUCCAGCUCCACCUCCAUCACCUCCUCCACAGACACACAGGAGUCCAGAGCACCGGGUCCGAUACUGACGGCGGGGGGCAAAAACCCUGUGAUGGAACUGAACGAGAAGCGACGCGGCCUGAAAUAUGAACUGAUAUCAGAGAGCGGCAGCAGCUAUGACAAACGCUUUAUAAUGGAGGUGGAGGUGGACAAACAGGUUUUUCGGGGGACGGGUCCCAAUAAGAAAGUAGCUAAAGCUAGCGCUGCACUAGCUGCCCUGAACUGCCUGUUCUCUGGCUCCAAAUCCACAACCAGCAAGAAGAAACGACCCAAUCUUCCACCAAAGCGACCACUGGCCUCCGUUCUGACCAUCCCAGCUCUCACUGCCAGACCUCCAAGGCUCCCCGUCAUCCCAAGAGCUCCUUACAUCAGCACCACACCCACACCUGGAUACAUCCCCACAGGUUUUGGUGCUCCUUACGGUUACGGCCCUACUGGUGCCCUCCCUGCCUACGGUUUUCCCUCCAGAAUAACCCCAGUAGUUGUCCCAGUCAUCAGAGUCCCCACAUCCUACCCACUCACACACCUCUACCCCUAUUAGGACCCCACCGCCACCUCACCCGCCACACUGGAAACCAAUCAUUAAAUGAUGAUCAUGACAUUGUGCGUUCACUACAACACCAAAAUCAAAAGUUUGCUGUGAAAGCAGAAGCAUACUUUGUUAGUAAAAGAACAGGCAAAGAUUUUUGCUCAAAAACUGAACUCAGGAUGGAUACAAGAAUGCAGUUUAGCAUUAAAGUCUGGAAACAGAAAAACUUUUAGCAUAGCUGUCAAAAAAAUUUGGGCUCACUUAGGCUUUACAUAUAUAUGUAUGUAAAUAUAUUCCUGAGUUUUUAACGGCAUUAGAGUCGCUGCCCCACAUGCUUCCACACAUCCUUUUACAUAGGGGGCACUGCAGAGCAUUUUGAAACUUUCCGAAGUUGUAAUACUGUUUCAAAUGGCAAAAGAAGCAAAAACGUAGGCAGUGGUAGUUUAUAUAUAGAAAACUCUC